UAACUGAAUUUAUCGGCGACAUAUACAAAUAUCUUAACGAACGAGCAAACGACGAAUAUAAAAAAAGAUUAUAUUUUAAUUACAUUUAAAAGUGCAAUUUAAAUGUAAGAAUGCCGCGCGAUGAAUUGAAAACGCAGCUACGCGGCACACGGCUAGAGGUGAAAGCGGCUGCCAAGACCAUUUAUGCACAAUUUGAACAAAUAAGAAAUGGCGGGACGUCAAGCGUCGCUUUGCAUACGCUCAAAUACGAAUUAAAUAUAUUACGACAUUUGUGCUGUGCGCUGCAAGAGAAUUUUCAUCAGCAUGCGGACAUCUAUUGCGACAUUGCGGCCAGCAUGCUGCCACAUGUGUCGCCACAAGAGGCACAGCCUGAUUACUGGACCAAUCAUCUGAUCAGCCUGCAAUAUAUACAUCAUUCACUCUGCAGAGAGCAAACUGUGAAGCAGUGUCAAAGAUUCUAUGCACUGAUCAAUGCUCAGCGCUGUCAAAUGCAAAACAGAACGGAGUAUAAAUAUUAUAUGGGCAUUCAUGUCAAGCAUUUAUAUUACUUUGGGCAUCAAAUGGGCAGGCAAACGGAUCCUAAGAUAAGAAAUCAACUCAGCGAAGCUCUACAGGCACUGGGCAAGCUGAUGCAGCAAAUGCUUCAGCUGCAGCGGGCGCAGCAAACGGAUGGAUACAGCGAAGUAAUUGUGGAAUUGAAUCAGCUCUUGGGCAAGCGCAGCAUUGGCUACAUCAAAAUUCUGGCCAGUCUUCCUGUGGCUGAUUUUAACAGCAUGUGCGAGCCACUUUGCCAGCUCAUAGCCUGUAAUAUUGGCAGCUCAAAGCAAUUAAAUGCCCAGUUUCCAGAGUAUUUGAGUGCGCUGCUCGCUCUUCUCUAUCUGGACGACAGCGCGUGGCAACUGGAUGAACAGCGGCAGGCUCAGCCUUGGGCGUUGCAGCUGCUGCGUGGCUGCCGUGAGCUGUACAAAGCUGAAACCAAUCAGAAUUAUGCGCUCUCUUUGCUUUACUACUACCUCAAGCUCCUAAACACACGUCAAUCCUCGCCAGCUGCGGACGUGAAGCGUCCCUACAUCGAUCUGGUCAAGAAAUUCGUGAACUUCUUCGAGCAGAAGGCGUUGCCAUAUGCCGACGAGCAUUGGUACGUGGACUUUCUGUUGGUAUUCGUGCGCCUGCAGAAACAACUGCAUCAAGUUGAUCAGAAACUGCCCUCGUUCGACAAUUUCUGGCAUUGCUUGGACAGCUCGGAGGCGUAUGCCGCUCACUUUGAGCUGCUGCAGUGCCUCAUUAACAUGAUCAUGAAGUUGACUGGCAGCAACAGCAGCUCCUUGGCUCCCAGCUGCAGCAGCAACGAUGCCAGCUGCCAGAGCCUGCGCAAACAUUGCGUCUUUAGCCUGGGCUGCUGUGCCACCUUUGCCUACAGCAACUGGCAGUCACAGGCAACGCUGCCAAAGCUCUCUCAGCAGUGUUUGGCCGGCAUUAUACACUAUGCAAUCGAUGUGGCCAAGGUGACCAAAUGUCUGACGCCCAACAACAGUGAGUUGGUCUUCUUUGCCUGGCACUUGAUUAACAUAGCGGAGAAGGUUAAUUCAUCUGAACAGAUGUGCCUGCUGGAGCUGUUGCUGAACCCAUUGCAGCAGCUGCGACCGCUCUUAAGUCCGCCAUACGCAAAGCAGUUAAUACGUCGCAUCUAUAAGUCCAGCGCCCACUGCUCCCAUCCGGAGCUGGCAGCGCGGCUGCACUGCGCCUACAUCACUAGCUUAAACUGUCCCUCGCGACAAUUUCAACAGCUGUGCAUCUACUAUCGCACUUCGAAAAAUGAGACAGAUCAAUGUCUGCUUGAGCUGCAUGCGAAGGGCACGCUGUGCAAUCCUUUGGAGCCCGAUGAGCGGCGACAACUACUUGAAAUGGACAUCUUAGCGGUGCUGGCUAAUAAGAAGACGCCGCAGCUGUUGCAGUCGCUGCUGCGGCACUGCCAAACAGAUUACCAAAAGAUGCUCAUCUCUCGGCACCUGCGAUCAGACAAGAUUAUUGGCCAGCAAUUUGAAGAGCUGCGCAUUAAGCUGAAACGUAAAAAGCAGCUGACGCGGCUGCAGCAGCUUAUUCUGGGUCAUGCGAGCGUCACCAAGCUCCUGGAGGCGCUCGAGGCUCAAAAGACCAAAAUACCCAUCAAGGAGACAACGGAGAAGGCACUCGAAGAGCUGCUCAUCAAAUAUAAUCUAUUGGAACUUAAUAUAAGCAGCGAAAUGCCACUCGUGGAACUGGCCACAGCGGCUACGGAAGCUUUCGCCAGCUUCUUUGAGCAGGCUGACGCCGUGCCCUUGAGCAGUGACGAGGCGCUCAUCGACUGGGAGGCGCUGAUUGAUGAUGCAAUUGUGGCCGCCAUGGCGUUGUCUACCAUGGGCUAUACGAAGCAAGCGGACAAGGCGUGGCUGCUGUUAAUGCGCAUUAGUCGUCUGCUGGGCGAUAGAUUCAACUAUUUGCGCGCGCUUAGCCACUUUUUGCCGCGCUACACACAGCAUGCGCUGCUCGAGCUGGAGACGGAGGUUUCCUAUGCAGAGCAGCUGCUCGAUGAGCUGUGGCCGCAGCUGCAUGCCCCACACCUGCUGAAACGCCAUCAUACGACGCUGUUGCUCUGCUUGUGUCACUUGGCGUUGUACUACGCGCGUCUCGACUGCAUUUGCCAUGCUCAGCUGCUGCUGCUGCAUGCGGAGCGGCUGCGUGUGGAGUUUGAGGAGCGAGCAGGCAAGUGCGACAUCGUCCAGUUGACCAUACAAACGGUUCGCUUUCGCAUGUGCUAUCAGCAGCGCCAGUGUCGCCUGCUCGGCCGCCUGCCAACGGCGCUGCAACAACUGGAUACCUUGGCUGAGGCUGUGCGCAGCUUCACCAGCAUCUCGUCCAUGGACAACGGUGCUUUGAUCUUGCUGCUCGGCGACAUGGUGCGCGAUACAACGGAAUGCACAGCGAAUCGAUUGAGUGAACGACCCAAUUUCUCGAAUAGUCUGCUGCAGGUGCUGCUCCAGAGCGGUUUGGUGCUGCGUGCUGUCGAGGUGCUCAUCUCCUGGCUGUGGACCAAUUUGCGCAUGGAGUGCCUGGACAAAGCGCACUCCAAGCUGCGUCUGAUCGAACACUUUCUAUGUAUACAGCCGCUGCUCGAGUCGAUGGCCGCGCUGGAACAGCGCAAGCAACUGCUGCCCGCUGCUCCCAUGGAUGCGCAGUCCAAGCACAUGACUGAGCUAGUUGGCAAGAUGUUAACCAUGCAGCUGGAGCAGGUCAGCGUGGAGCCCAUACGAAAGCAGCAACAGUUCAAUGUGUCUUCGCCGCGACAAGAAUUGCAGCCCCGCAGCAAUAGGCUAAAGCUUCAGCGUUUUGUCCUGCUAGACAUGCAACAGUCGCAUCCAAUCUUGCGGUCCAGCGUGCAGCUGCAGUGCAUCUACUUUAUUGUCGGCUGUCUCUAUGCUCGCUUGUGCUUUCUGAAUCGAGAGCACGAAGAGCUGGAUGAUUUCUAUGCGCUGACCAAUCAUUGGUUGAAACAGAAUGCGGCACGCGGCAAUGCCUUGGGACACAUGCUGCUCGUGCUGCACAUGUACCAGGCUAACUAUCUGCGUGCCAAGCAGCGGCAGCAACAGGCCAUUGAGCUGACUGAAACCGCGCUGAAGCUGGCAAGCAGCGAGCAGCUGCAGCAGCGUGUGGACAUCAACUAUCGCUACAAUCUGUUGCUGCAGCUGAGUGCAGCACGCCUCGAACUGCUGCCCGUGCCGCGGCCACAAAACCCUAGGCGUGCGCUGACCUUCAACAUAUCGCCGGAAGAGAAACCGAAGUCGUCGAGCAAGACAGCCCUCAAGUCUAGCAAGAAGCCGGCUAAAUUUGCCAUAUAUACGGAGGAAGUGCACAUAAUUAGUAGUAGCAGCAGCAGCAACAGCAGCAGCGGCGGCGGCGGCAGCUCCAGUGACAUGGGCAGCAGUCCGGAGCGACAGUCUGGCAAGCGUCUGGAUUUGAAUGCCUGCCAGCUUAUUGAGAUCCUGGAUCUGAGCGACAAUGAAACGGAGCAGGUGGCAAAGCUGAAGCCCACCAAAUCUUUACGCAGCACUCGAACGCGUUCGCAGCUGCAGGUGACGGCGCCGCUAAAACGCACUGCAACGGCGCCUGUAACGAGGCGCAAUGUCACGCCGGAGGAGAAGACGCCCAGCACACGUGCACGCACCAGACGCCAGCGGACAACAACGGAACAGCAACCAGCAGCCGAGUCGCUGAGCAGCAGACGUCGCCAAAGGAACUGAUUACGCUUAGCUUAGAUAUAUGCUCUCGACACGUUAGCACAAUUAUUAUUUAUCAGCAACCUUUUCUAUUAUAUAAAUGUUUCACU